CUUCAACCUGAUGACUUACGCCUAGCUUGAAACAUGGGCGCAUUUUAAUGGACUUUCGUUUUAGUCAUAAGCGCUCUGCUUCCCCAGACUAUGGAGCCUGGGUCGGUUUGGACCGACAGCCGAACUGACAACCAGCAAUUCAAAAGCAGUGGGCAGAUAUGGGAGGCGCUUGGCAUAACUAUGAAAUAUGAUUGAUUUGCUUUAAAGCACCAAUGAUAAAGUGCAUCCUUCACUCAGCCUCGCCUCUAGGCUGUGUUGGGGGGCUUCCCCUCUUUUCCCUUAAACUGGCAACUUCCUCUGUUCAAUUCAUCCUCGCGGUGUUCCCGUCUGUCUCAAAUAAUACUUGACCCAGCGAGGAAACUUUCCAAUUAAAUAUUGAACACAACCGAGAUAAAGUGGAAGCCCUCUACUGCUUCAAUGAAUCGAUCUGAGCAACGAGACCCUGAUACCACAGUCUCCUACACGGUCGCAUGGAUCUGUGCCUUGGAAGAGGAGUACUUCUGUGCAUGCCGUAUGCUAGACGAAGAAUUCGCUGGUCCGGAAAUAAGCGAAGACAACGACGAUAACACAUAUGUCUACGGUCGUAUCGCGAAGCAUUAUGUGGUGAUUGGGUGUCUCCCAGCUGGUCGGUAUGGCACCAACUCAGCCGCUCGCGUUGCCCGAGAUAUGGUCCGGACCUUUCCACGCCUGCGGUUCGCAUUAAUGGUGGGCAUCGGGGGCGGCGCACCAAGUCCCCGCAAUGACAUACGACUGGGUGAUAUUGUCGUCAGUCAACCAAGAGAUGGAUUCGGUGGAGUGAUUCAAUAUGAUUUGGGCAAGUUAAAAAAUGGUCAUUUUCAGAAGACAGGUCAACUGAAUGCACCACCUGAGAAACUCCUAGGAGUCCUUCCAGAGAUACGCCGAUUGUACAGUGAUAAAAAGAAGCCAGACAGACUUGCAGAACAUCUUCGACUUCUUGAUGACAUGGAAGAUUAUCAAAAGCCGGCUGUUGAUCGGCUUUACGCUGCAGACUACUCACAUGUGGAUGGACCAGGUUGCGAUGGAUGUGACUUGCGUGCAAUAGUGGACCGCCCCGAGCGCCAGAACCACCGUAUCGUCCAUGUCCACUACGGAACUAUUGCGUCGGGAAAUUCCGUUCUGAAGGACGCCAAAGUGCGGGAUACAUAUGCCCAAGACCCACAGCUGAACAUUCUUUGCUUCGAGAUGGAAGCAGCCGGUCUCAUGAAUAAUAUUCCAUGUCUAAUUAUUCGCGGAAUCUGCGAUUAUUGUGACUCCCACAAGAAUGAUGAGUGGCAUAAUUAUGCUGCCCUUGUCGCUGCUGCUUAUGCACGAGAGCUCCUAAUGGUCUUACGGCCGCAACGUGUGGAUGCCAUGCCCCCAUGGGCUGAGCGAGUAGCUCAAGAACUUCAACAAGUUACUCAGGAGUUAACUAUUCUUAGCAACAACCAAAGGACCGCCCUGACGAAAAUCGAACAUAUAGACCAGAAGAUUGGGCUAGACAAGUUGUCGGCUAUUCAGGAGGCUGAAUUUAACUCAUUCUCUGAUCGAGAUGAGAUCCAAUGUCUUCAAGGCACAAGGACUGAGCUCCUCCAACAGAUAAAGGAAUGGGCUACUAUGCCAUCUCAAAAAAGCAUUUUUUGGUUAAAGGGAAUGGCUGGGACAGGGAAAUCUACAAUAUCUCGAACUGUGGCACGGUCACUUAAGGACACCAACCGUCUUGGUGCCAGCUUCUUUUUUAAGAGGGGUGAAGGGGACCGAGGGAACGCAAAGAGAUUUUUCCCUACAUUAACCAGGCAAUUGAUGCUCCGGUACUCUGGGUUGGUUCCUGGUGUGCAAAAGGCACUUGAUGAUGACCCUGGCAUUGCGUCAAAAUCUCUCAGGGAGCAGUUUGAAAAACUGCUUCUUCAACCGUUGCUUAGUCUUGGCCAACCUAGCCAACAAGCUCAGACUGCUGUGAUAGUCAUCGAUGCUUUGGAUGAAUGUGAACAUGAUCAAGAUAUCCGAAACAUUAUUCAAUUCCUGCCUCUUCUACAAAAGGCGAAAUCAGUUCACCUUCGGAUUUUUCUGACCAGCAGGCCUGAACUCCCAAUUAACCUCGGAUUUUCAGAGAUCGGAGAUCGUGCAUAUCAGGACCUAGCUCUUCAUGAGAUACCCGAAGAAAUGACUGAACGUGACAUACAUUUAUUCUUACAAGACCGAUUUACGAAAAUCAAACACGAUAGGAAAAUCUUCCAGGACUGGCCUGGCAAUGAUGUCCUCCAAGAAUUAGUCAGGAUAUCCGUUCCACUGUUUAUUUCGGCUGCCACUGUGUGCCGCUAUAUUGAAAACUCCAAAUUGGAACCCAAAUCGCGCCUCGCAGAGCUUCUAAAGGACCAAGCAAAAUAUAUUUCGAGAAUGGAUAAGACAUAUCUGCCAGUUUUGACGCAACUACUCAACGACCCAGAGAGUGAUGAGUCAGAACAGCAGCAACUUCUACAAGAGUUCCAGGAUAUUGUGGGUGUCAUCAUUCUUCUUGCAGUUCCGCUUUCUAUAUAUGCACUAUCGCAGUUCCUUGGGAUAGAAGCGGACAGGAUUAGCAAUCGAUUGGAUUCACUUCGUUCGGUUUUAAGCAUUCCUGAUAACCAAUAUCAGCCUGUUAGGAUUCUGCAUCUCUCAUUUCGGGAUUUUUUGGUCCAGUCUACAACCAAGUUUCACGUGAAAGAGCCACAAAAACACAAAGAUAUUGUUCGGUCCUGUCUUAGAACUAUGCGGAGUCAUCUACGCGAAGAUAUCUGCAAUCUCACAGACCCUGGAGCGCUCAGGGAAGACAUCAACCCUCUUAAUAUCCGCCAAUGUCUACCACCGGAAUUGCAAUACUCCUGUCGCUACUGGAUAUACCAUCUCAAAAAUAGCGAGGCUUCACCUUCUGAAAUAGUAGAGGCGCAACUAUUCCUCCAGAAGCAUUUCCUUCACUGGAUAGAAGCAAUGAGCCUGCUAGGUCUUAUAUCAGAGGUGGUGGGUAUGCUUGAUCUUCUCCGCACGGCUAUACCAGAUGUUGAUGAUAAUUCCGUUUUGGCCACCUUUCUAUAUGAUGCAAAGCGGUUUGUCCUGAAAAGUCGUCAGAUAGCGGAUGAAGCGCCACUUCAGAUUUAUUGCGCAGGGCUGGUAUUUGCACCUCGAUCCUCAAUCAUUCGUAGGGCGUUCCAGUUAUAUCUGCCUAGGUGGAUCGGCCAGUUCCCGCAGGUUCAAGAAACCUGGAGUGCAGAAUUACAAACUCUGGAGGGCCAUUCAGGCUCGGUUGAAUCAUGGCCUUCUCACCCGAUGGCCGGCUGCUGGCGUCCGGUUCUGACGACGAGACGGUGCGGCUCUGGGACCCGGCAACGGGCGCCCUACAACAGACCCUGGAGGGCCAUUCGGGCAGCUCGAUUCGAUUAGUGGCCUUCUCACCCGACAGUCGGCUGCUGGCGUCCAGCUCUGACGACCAGAUAGUGCUGCUCUGGGACCCGGCAACGGGCGCAUUGGAAGACGUUUUAGUUACUGAUGAGAUUGUCACGGAACUCGAAUUUUCCCAAUAUGGCUCAUACCUCUGUACUAACCUAGGAUCGUUCAAGAUUCAAUCCAGGUGUAGCAAACCUAUCCUCAAUUCACCCGAUACGCAUCCAGCGAUAUAUCUACAGUGUGACUGGAUAGGGUUGAACGGGAAACAAGUACUGUGGCUCCCCCCUGAGGCCAGGCCUUCGUGUUCCGCGUCUAAAUCGAAUACACUUGCCUUGGGACAUGCCUCAGGCCGGGUUUCCUUUAUAAGAUAUCGGAAAUAAUAGAGUUCAAUCAAUUUUCUUUUUUACUGUAGCUGUACCUUAUAUGUUUUCUAAUCUCUCUACAAUAGGAGGGUCUGGGAAAAAGCAUAAUUUAUUCGGACAUGCUUCUUUCUUAGAACAUGCUACUUGACUCCCCUAGAUUCCAAUACCGUGGCAAAUCCAUAGUCCAGUCG